AUGCAGACUGCCCCCCCUUGUCUCCCCCGCCCACCCCCCACUCUCCCCCGCCACUCUCCCCCUUCCCCCCGUCAACCCCCCUCCCCUCCCCCUCCCCCUCUUCCCCUUGCAGGGUGGCGGAACCUAGAGAACACAGUGGGCGGGUCGGCACGGGAGUCGACGGAUCGGCGCAAUGGGGAUGAUGACGACGGGGGUGGAGAGGCCGUGCUGGUGCGAGGGGGGCGGCCCAUCGCCAAGAGCAUGCCGCACGCAGGCCAGCCCAUUCUCAGCUUCAACACCGCGGGCAGCGGGCAGCGGGCGACGGAGAGGGAGUUUGUCGUGAAGCAGACAAGACGCGCCUGCUCAUGCUCCCACCCUCCUCUCCCUCUCCCCCUCCCUCUCCCGCUUCCCCCCCCACCCCCCACCGCUCCCCACCCCCCCUCCCCCCCCUCUUCUCCUCCCCCCGUCCCCCUUUCCCCCCCUUCCCCAGGCUCUCUCACGGAGGAGUACGAGCUGGGGGAGAAGCUGGGCGAGGGGCACUUCGGGUCCACGUACCGGUGCCGGCAGCGGGCGACGGGGAAGGAGUUUGCGGUGAAGCAGAUGAGCAAGACGCGCCUGCUCAUGCUGGGCACGCCCCUGGCGGAGGUGAAGCGCGAGGUGGGGAUUCUGUACCACCUGGCGGGCCACCCCCACGUGGUGCAGGUGCAGGCGGCGUUUGAGGACUCUAAGACUGUGGCGAUCGUGAUGGAGCUGUGCCAUGGGGGGGAGCUGUACGACAGAAUCAUCGCCAAGGGCCACUACAGCGAGUGCGACGCAGCACGGCUGGUGCGCACAAUAGUGUCGGUGGUGCACUACUGCCACACCAUGAACGUGGUGCAUCGCGACCUCAAGCCCGAAAACUUCCUCUUUGCCAACCGCAGCGACGACGCGCCCCUCAAGACCAUCGACUUCGGCCUCUCGCUCUUCUUCACCCCAGGCGAGCCCAUAUCAGCAGGCUUGGCAGGCAGCCCACUGUAUCUAGCCCCGGAGAUGGUGCGAACCAACGGGAGCCACUAUGGACCCGAGGUGGACGUGUGGAGCGCAGGGGUCAUUCUCUACAUGCUGCUCUGCGGCUACUGCCCCUUCCCCACCGACCUACCCACAAUGGACGAGCUGUUCUGCGCCAUCAUGUACGACGAGAUCGACUACGACAGCGAUCCGUGGCCGUUGAUCUCGCAGCAGGCCAAGGAGGUGGUGCAGGGCAUGCUGGACCGCAACCCCGACACGCGCCUCACCGCGAAACAAGUGCUAGAGCAUCCGUGGGUGAGCGAGGCGGGGGUGGCACCAGACACGCCACUGGACCCCACAGUGUUCUCCCGCCUCAAGCGAUACGCCGCCAUGACGCACAUCCGCAAGCUCGCCUCACAGGUGGUGGCGCAGCAGCUAACGGAAGAGGAGAUCCUGGGCAUGAGGGAGAUCUUCAACCAGCUGGACAUGGACCAAAGCGGCUCGCUCUCCCUGGAUGAGAUGCGCCGUGGGCUGCAGAAGAUGGGCGCGCGCAUGAACGAGGGCGAGCUCAGACAGCUCUACUCCGCUAUGGAUGUGAACGACAGUGAGAGCAUAUGCAUGAACGAGUUCUUUGCGGCCACGCUGGGGCUGAACCGGUUGAUCAAGGAGGAGAACCUGCACCAGGCCUUCCAGUACUUCGACAAGGAUGGCAGCGGCUUCAUCACACGAGAUGAGCUCACUCAGGUGUGUGAGGAGUUUGGCAUCGGGCCGGAGAACGUGGAGGAGAUGAUGCAGGAGGUGGAUGUUAACAAGGACGACCGAAUAGACUACAACGAGUUCGUGUCUAUGAUGCACCGCCACAGCGUGCCGGACCACAUCAAGAGCAGCAGCAUCGGCAAGGACAAGCUCGCCCUCCUCAAAGUGCAGAGCUCGCUCGAACGAGUCCGCCGCUCCCCCACCAUCUAG